GUAAUCAAUCUUGUCUAUGUGGCGGCACACAGGCCACCCCAAGGGAUCGCGUACGUUAGAGCUGGGGGAAAUUUAGAGGUGCUUGCAGCGCCCAUAUUGCAUAGUGUGAUAAAUCUUGUCUAUGCCUGGUGAUCUAUAUGCUCCUGUUGGAUUCGUAUGUACUAGGCCAUCGAAAUUUUUCGUAUUCGUGUCAAGGAGAAGAAUGUAAGUCAACUCCGUAUUGUCGUGUUGUUGUGAAGGAAAAAGUCAUUUUCCUUUUUUCAGUGCUGGUGUUUGAUCAAGUUUGCCUUCGUCCUAUGCUCGGUCUUCGUUUUGCUCUUGCGAAGAAACGAGGUAUGACCAUCGACGUAAUCAAGAUCAUGGAAAAAAGGCGGAAGGACGAUGAGACCAUCGCAGUAGGCGAAAAAUCUUGUAACCGGCACACGACUUGCUCUCAUCCUCCGUGAAAAUUGUCGCCCAGAACGAGUUGUAAAUUACAACGUCAAGACCUGGAAUGUUCCGGAGCCCGAGCGGCGCGGCUAUGAACCCCUUGCCGAACAACAUUAAGGCUGGAACUUUUGAGGAUCAGGUCGAAGUUGAUAGUAUCAUUCUGAACGAAGACGAGCAGGCUCAGGAAACGCUUGUCGGCAAGGAGAAGUCUUUUGCUCAGCAACAUAUGACUACGGCCGCGAAUAAAAGUCAUUUUUUAGCCACCUCCGCGGCCUCAAAUUACUCCUCGAACUUCGACGAAUUUCAGCUGUCAAAAAGUGGCACUUGUACUAGAGCAGGAGCAGCCUCUACGUCGGCUUCAGGUGCAGGUCCUCGUCCUGGUGGCAUUUUCAACAUGGGAGGGCUCUUGCUCGGUUCGAAGCAAUUCCGCGAUAAGUGGUCGUCAAAGCUGUCGAACUUCUCCAUUCAGUACAACCUGGGCUGCGCGUAUGCAACGCAAAUAAAGUACUAUCGCCUUCGCCACGGUCGAUGUGGAUGUGAGAAUGUCCGAUCAUAGAACGAUUUAUGAAUGUAUGAUGUUGAAGAAAACGCUUCUUCUUCUUCACAAAAAAGUUGAACUAUCUGCGCAUCAAGCUGAAAGUACCCAGAAGUAUAACUACAGCUGUUUUUCAUGAUCUUUGCUGAUGAGAGCGACGACAUCUUCAAGGCUCCUGUGCGAUACCACAUUUGCGUGGGAUGACGCGACUUUGGCGAUUGCUAUUAUGCAAACCCAUUCGGAUGUGAUCGCCGACAGCGAGAAUCCGCCCGACUUCCCGGUGCUUACCAAAACGGAGAAAACGCUGACUUUGGCGAUGAUUUUCGUCGGCAACGUGGUCGGGAUGCUCAGCAUGGGCUAUCUGGGAGAUUUGCUUGGCGUCCCGAAAGCCAUCGUCUGCACCACCGGAAUUAGCAUUUUUGGACAGGUAGGUUCUUUUGUAGAUACAACUUGAUGCAGGAGCCGUUUGCCGGGUGCUCGAAGUAGUUUUUGAUGCUGCGCCCAGAUGACAUGAUGAGCCAGGACCCCCUCAUCUUUCUCAUCGUCGGGAACGGAGCACAACACCGACCUCCUUAUAGUGAUGCUGAUUUUCUUCAAUUUGUUACUACAGGCUGGCGUGGCGUUCUUCACGACCGGGGAGUGGAUUUACGAGAUUUUCAUUCUCUUCCGUUUUGUGCUGGGCAUCGGGGUUGGCGGCCUGUACCCCUUGAGCGCAAAACAGGCCGCGCUUGAAGCCAGGAAAGCGGCCGCGAGGUACCAAUAUACGUAUAUGGACACAGGAAAUAAAGUUGUCAGGUGCGACCGCGACGCGAAGACCACAGGAUAGUUUUUAGCUUCAUAUUUGUUCGAGUUUUGAGCUUUAUGUGUUUGUCAUCUACAUAUAAACAUUUUAUGGUCCUCGAUGAAGCACGAGUCGUGCUUCAGCUUUGAAAUAAGUGUUUGCAACUAGAACUACAUUCAAGAGAUGGUAUAUAAAACGUGCACUUCCACAUGACUUUCAGCUCUUCUUCCUCACCUUCAUCCGCAAGCGCGGACCAGGCGAGCAAGGUCGGGUGGAAUUUUUUCUGGCAGCAGCCCGGCAACUGUGCUCCCUACCUCGUCGGCUUGUGCCUCUUUGCCGUGUCGACCAACACCGGUUUUCAAUUUCGCUGCCUCGUCGCGCUGGGAAUCGUGCCGCUGGCCUUGGUGUUUAUGUGGAACGUCGAAAAAGUCAGGGAGGAGGAACUAUGCUGAGCAAAAGCAAUAUCAAACGGAGAUGUGGAGCUUGGGUAAAUGAAUUUUUUUUCUCCGAUGAUCUUUCCAUGUGUUGCACCAACGCGAGCGCUCUUUCGAUUUCGUACUUACCUUAUCCUGGAGCUGAAAUCCAGUGAAUUCGCUCGUUACUGUUUCUUGUUUUUAACUUGGAUGCGGUCGUCGCACCGACUACUGAACGCCUUCCAUUGAAAAGGCAAUCUUAAUCUUUUUCAUAAACAAAAACGAUAUUGCUUUGCUUUUCCCGUGCAUACCCUUACUCGCUGUCGCAGCAAGACCCCUAUCGGACUGGCUACCAACCUGGUCUUGAGAACACCUACCGGCUUCGCAGCAACAGCGCGAGUACCACGGCGGCAAGCACCUCUAGCGCGAACAACUCCGCCUCGGAGGCGACGCUCCCGGAGAUAGAGCUCCGUGCCGACCUCGAUCAGGAUGUUGAUCCUUUUGAAGUUUCAACGAAUAAUUCUGGACUCGGCACUAGAACCGAAACGUCUUCGAGCACAAGCGCAUCGUCUGCAAGUAUAAUGAUUAACGCUGGAGGUGGAGGUGGAGGACCAACAUCAGCAGGAGGAAGUGCUAGCUCUUCCUCUUCAUUACAUAACGGAGCUGCAAGUAGGAGAAACACGAUGUCCGCCCCCGGCGGCGCGCCUCUGCAGCAAAUGUUUACGCCGUAUAACAAGGAGACGCUGCUUGGUACCGGCGGCACGUGGUUCCUGUUCGACGUCGCCUACUACGGCACGCAGAUCUUUUCUCCCUUCAUUUUGCAGCAGAUUUUCGUGCAGAAAUCACUGCAGUCCAACUGCCUGCAGGCUCUGGUGUCCGCGUGUUUCCAAAUCCCCGGCACAAUUGCGGGGAUCUACUACCUUCAGAAUUACGUCGACGUGAAACAGCUGAACGCGCACGGGUUCCUGCUCAUGGGCCUGGUGUUCGGCCUUUUAGCCGUGGGGAAAUCCUACGAGCUGCCGUCAGAGUCGCUGUUCUUCCUGUACUGCCUGUUGCAGUUCACGCUGGGCUUCGGUUGCAUCCUGGCGACGUACAUUUUGCCGACGGUGGUUUUCGACAAGUCCGUGCAGUCCACGAUGCACGGCAUCUCCGCCGGGCUGGGGAAGGCCGGCGCGGCGGUGGGCGCCUUUCUCUUUCCCAUCGUGUCCAAUUCCCUGCCCAGUCACGUUGCCAACCAAACGCUGAUGAGCAUCCAGGCACUGGUUUGCUGCGCCGGGUUCCUGGUCAACCAGUGGUAUGUGCCCGAUAUCGCGGCAGUCACAGAGCUGUUGCUACGCGAGGAGGAAGAAGGUCUGUCGAGGGUCAGCAGCCCUGCGAGCAGUGGCGCGAUGUUAAACGCCAAUAACACCAGCGGCUCUGCUGGUGCUGGUUCAACAUUGACCUACCCACAGGUCUAUGGGCACCACCAGCAGCGACAUGCACUAUCGUCCGCUGGUCUGUCGCCGGUCGAAACGGUUGCGGACCGAGAACUGCAGAAAUUGAAAAUACGCGGAGCGGAGUGACGAGGACAAACGACCAUGCUCAGGAUGUGUAUAGAAUUGCAUUUUUACCUCCGAGAGGAUUCAUCUCAACAGCAGCAUGGGCUCUUUGUUUUGCGGGUGGAAAUCACAGAUGGCGCUACUAAGUGCACGGCAGAUAACGCUCAUUGGUUCCGAUUUUUUUCGCUGUAGAAGGGAGUGUGGCAGUAUACAUGCAAGUGUUUUGUACGCGUGGAUGAAAUUGGAGGUGGAAUAGAAACAAAUUUACCGUAAGAGCAAAAACUUUGUCUUUUAAUCGGCGCCUUCGAUUCAUCUGCUGUUCCUGGGCCAUCUGGCUCGUCUUGUGCGCUCAUCCAAGGUCUUCAGGAGUUGCAACUCCAACUUCGUAAAUACCUUCUUCAUGAUAUGACUACAUCGGGUUUCUUUUCCUUUUCGUUUGUAAGGAGAGCUGAAAGAAGCUCCUCCGGUG